GCGCUGCAAGGCUUGGCCACGGACCUGCGCGCGGCGCUCGGUUCCCGUCAGACUGAUCAGAUGCUCAGUGCGCGGCUCAACCCCGACGGCUGACUGAACGCAGGAGAGCCGCAGAAGCGCUCCGCUCGUCGGGUUUCUUCGUUUCCAAGGCUGGUCUCCACGGGAUUAUACAGCCUCUGGACCGACUGUGUGUUGGUUCACGUCCCCUUUGGGGGUCGAGGAAGGAAAGGAAAAAAAAAGAGGGAGGAAAAGGGAAAGAGAGAGAGAGAGAGAGAGAGAGAGAGAGAGAGGAGAAACGCUGGACUUGCUGUAGCUCUACGGGGCAGGCCGCCUCUAUCUGGUUCAAGGAGCCUCUGGGGCGAUGCUGCUGGGCGGGGAUGGUGGGUUUCUGCCCGGUGGCGGAGAAGAUGUGAGGCGCUGCUACCAUAACACACCCGCACCGCCGCCGUCGUAUUUUUCGAACAAGAAUUGAUGAUGGUGAUGAUGCUGCCUCCCCCAGUGGUCUUUUUCUGCUCCUCCGGAUCCUACUCGUCCGGGAUUCUUAUUCUUUCAACCUUGGAUUAUAGAUGAUUGUUGUGGACACUAAUUUUCUUUUAGUUUCAUCAACUCAUUUUUUUUCCCGCGGGAAAGUGGGCAAGAUAUAAAUUGGUUAAUUGAGCCCCGGUGUAUUUUCGUCUCCAAGAGCGCGCAAUCACGCCCCAAAUCAGUGACCGACGCCUUGGUGAGGAGGAGGGGGGAGGAGGAGGGGGAUGCUGCACCGUCCAUCACCAAAUAUCAACACAUGUCAGCAGGCUCGGAUUUUGGGGAAGCCCCCCUCGGUUGGCGUUUGCGUGUUACCCGAGUGGCGUGGUGGCAGUGAGAGGUGGCAGCAGGGAUAUCUGCCGUGCCACAUCAAACAUUGCGGAUAUAUGGCACAAGAAUAAAUGAAUUAUUAAAAGGUUUUACUCUUAUUUAUUUCUAUUUUUAUCUCGCAGGAAAAAAGGGACCUGGGGAGGAGAGAGAAAAAAAGACAACUGCAGAUCCUGUCAAGAUGCACUAGGCUGUUGAGUGGGGAAAAAAGACGCAGUCUCCAGCUAGGGAAGCCUACUUAGUGGAGAUGAUUGCAAUAUGUAUUUAAACGCACAGUGAUGCAUCCUUAUCGCAUGUAUUAAAAGUGAUCGAUUUCUUUGCCUAUCGAAAUGCAAGAACAGGCUCACUCUUGGAGAGGUUUUUCCCGACCAAAAAAUAAGAUACAGGAUGCCUUGCUUUUCGACGGAGAGAAAACGCUGAUGCUCUGACAAGAGCACCGAGAACAUUUUUGACAGUUUUCUCACGCGCCAGUAAAACCAAUCUUGUUUUUUUUCUGUCAGAGGUCUGAUUUGCCAGAAAUUACAUAAAUCCAUCGCUCUAUUUGCCAUUCAUAUUCCAAACACAAGAUCAGAGACACCGUGCGCUUUCCCUCUCCCCCUCCCCUCUCCCUCCCCUCUUCUCUCCUCUUCCUCCCCCCCUCCUUCUCCACACACAAAUGGAGGUAUCUUCUCGGAGCUGAAGAGCUGGGAAGGAGACACAGAUAGAUAGGAGGAGAGAGAGAGAAAGAGCAAGAGAGAGAGAGACAGAGCGAUAAGGCUGAAAAGGAACCGAACCCAACUCCAUUCUGCAUGUGUUUGGAGCCGAGGCUGAUGGGGUGGUGGCAUGUGGAGGUGUCACUCUGAGGUUCCCCCCCGGCUCCUUCCUAACCUCUGGCGUUUGGUGUCUGCAGAAUGGCGCGUUUUGGAGACGAGCUACCCAACAGGUAUGGAGGAGGAGGAGGAGGUGGUGGUGGCGGUGGUGGCGGGGGUGCCGGCGGACAAGGGGGGCCCGGCCGCGGCGGCAGCAGGCAAGGGGGGCCCCCCGGAGGGCAGCGGAUGUACAAGCAGUCGAUGGCCCAGAGAGCCCGGACCAUGGCCCUGUACAACCCCAUACCCGUCCGGCAGAGCUGCCUAACGGUCAACCGCUCCCUUUUCCUCUUCAGCGAAGACAACCUGGUGAGGAAGUACGCCAAAAAGAUCACCGAAUGGCCUCCGUUUGAAUGGAUGAUCCUUACCACCAUCAUUGCAAAUUGCAUUGUCCUGGCUCUGGAACAGCACCUUCCUGAUGGAGACAAGACGCCUCUGUCUGAACGACUGGAGGAGACGGAGCCCUACUUCAUAGCCAUCUUCUGUUUUGAAUCGGGGAUAAAGAUCCUGGCCCUGGGUUUUGCGUUACAUAAGGGCUCCUAUCUGAGGAACGGCUGGAACGUCAUGGACUUUGUGGUCGUGCUCACCGGUAUUUUGUCGUCAGUGGGGUCUCAGCUUGACUUGAGGACACUACGAGCCGUCAGAGUGCUGCGACCUCUGAAACUGGUGUCUGGGAUUCCCAGCCUGCAGGUGGUGCUCAAGUCCAUUAUGAAGGCAAUGAUUCCCCUGCUGCAGAUUGGCUUGCUGUUGUUCGUGGCCAUCCUUAUGUUUGCCAUCAUCGGCCUGGAGUUCUACAUGGGAAAGUUCCACACUACCUGCUACGACAAAGUCACACGAGAAGUAGUGGACGCAUUACCAUGUGGCAACGAGUUGCCAUCCCGGUUGUGUCCUAACGGCACAGUGUGCGAAGGUCACUGGAUUGGACCCAACUACGGCAUCACCCAGUUCGACAACAUCCUGUUUGCCGUGCUCACUGUCUUCCAGUGCAUCACCAUGGAGGGAUGGACAGACAUGCUCUACUACAGUAAUGACGUGGAGGGCAGUGCCUGGAACUGGAUGUACUACAUCCCCCUCAUCAUCAUCGGCUCCUUCUUCAUGCUCAACCUGGUGCUGGGUGUACUCUCAGGUGAAUUUGCCAAAGAGAGAGAGCGAGUGGAGAACAGGAGCGAGUUCCUCAAGCUGAGGCGACAGCAGCAGAUUGAGAGGGAGCUCAACGGAUACCUGGAGUGGAUCUGCAAAGCGGAAGAAGUGAUUUUGGCUGAAGAGGACGGCACAGUGAACUUUGAUGGUACGAGGCGAAGGCCAACCAUCAAAACCAAAAACAACAAGACAGAGCUGCUGAACCCUGAAGAAGGAGAGGACAACAUGGGAGAUGCUGUAGGUUUUGCCCGCUCCAGUUUAAAAAAUGGAAUGGACGGCUCCAAUUAUAGCAAGAGGGAGCGGCGACUGAGAUUCUUCAUCCGCAAGAUAGUGAAGACUCAGGCUUUCUAUUGGACUGUGCUCUGCCUGGUGGGCCUCAACACCAUGUGUGUGGCUGCCGUGCAUUACAACCAGCCUGAGAUGCUCUCCGACUUCCUCUUCUAUGCAGAGUUUAUCUUUCUCGGUCUGUUCAUGUCUGAGAUGCUGAUCAAGAUGUAUGGUCUGGGCAUCCAGCCCUACUUGCACUCCUCAUUCAACUGCUUUGACUGUGUGGUCAUUGUGGGCAGUAUCUUCGAGGUGGUGUGGGCCACCAUCAAACCAGGAACAUCCUUCGGGAUCAGUGUGUUACGAGCUCUUCGACUGCUCCGCAUUUUCAAAGUCACCAAGUACUGGGCUCCUCUUCGAAACCUGGUGGUGUCUCUGUUAAACUCCAUGAAGUCCAUCGUCAGUUUGCUGUUCCUCCUCUUCCUCUUCAUUGUGGUCUUUGCCUUGUUGGGGAUGCAGCUGUUUGGAGGACAAUUCAACUUUGACGACGGAACCCCACCUACCAACUUUGACACUUUUGCAGCAGCGAUCAUGACAGUGUUUCAGAUCCUGACAGGAGAAGACUGGAACAUGGUGAUGUACGAUGGCAUUGAGUCCCAGGGAGGAGUGAACGACAAAGGGAUGGUCUUCUCCAUCUUCUUCAUCGUCCUCACACUUUUUGGCAACUACACUCUGCUAAACGUCUUCUUGGCCAUUGCUGUCGACAAUCUGGCCAACGCCCAGGAGCUCACCAAGGAUGAAGAGGAACAGGAGGAAGCAGCCAAUCAAAAGACUGCAAUGCAGAAGGCUAAGGAAGUAGCAGAGGUCAGCCCGCUGUCAGCAGCCAACCUGACUAUUGCUGCUAAGGAGCAGCAGAAGAACCACAUCAAGGGCAACAUGUCAGUGUGGGAGCAGAGAACGAGCGAGAUCCGCCGUCAGAACCUGAUGACGAGUCGCGAGGCGCUCUACAACGAGCUGGAGCAGGAGGAGUGGAAGGUGGGAGGGGAGGGAGAGGAGGUGUCCUACCCACGGAAACCACGCGGCGAUAUGAAGACCCACCUGGACCGACCGCUGGUGGUCAACCCUCAGGACAACCGCAACAACAACACCAACAAGACCCAACCUGGUGAGCUGCCUCUAGACCAGGAGUACCGGCGCCAGGACAUAGAUCACUACCGUCGAGCCACACACCACUAUCACUGCCACCCCCAUCAUCAGAAAGCCACUGGGACGGGCCAGCCGGCCGAUACCCGCAUGGAGCGCGGCUUCAGCUGCACGUCUCUGGGCAACGCGGAGGUCCAGCUUGGGGAGGGGAGGCACAGCCACAGGAGCCACCGUGGCCACCGGCACAGGAACAGGGAAGGCAGGGAGGCUCGCAGCGUGUCUCCCCACCAUAACGAGGGGCUAGACGGGAACAGCGAACCCAGGAUGUCCCGGCAACACCGCAAGGCAGCCAGGGAGGGGGAGGAAGGCAGGAGACAUAGAUCCAGAGGGACGGAGGGAGAGGGGGAGAAAGGAAAAGAAGGGGAGGGACGGAAAUCGAGACGGCAUCGCCAUGGCAACCAGGAGAGAAGCAGAGAGCAUCGCACCAGAAAGGAGCACCACAGCACCGGUCCCAGCCUCUCCACCGCACGGCCGAUACAGCAGUACAACGAGGAUCUGGACAACUUCCGCAACAACAGCAAGCUAGCCGGUGCCCAUGUGCACCCUUACGCCCUCCCACCGGAUCACCCGGACCAUCCUGACCACGUCAACAACCUGCUGAACUGCCGUGACGCAGACACCCACACCCUCCUCCACAGCAUGGACAGCCUGAUCCUGACCAGCAUGGCCAAACCUGAGUACACAAAAAUAGACAUGCCACCUGUCUAUCCCUACCCCUCCACCAACGCCAUCCUGCAAGUGAACAAGAACGCCAACACCGACCAGAAAAAGAGUGAGGAGAAGAAGGAGGAGGAGGACGAGGGGGGAGAUGAAGACGGCCCCAAACCUAUGCCUCCCUUCAGCUCCUGCUUCAUAAUGUCCACCACCAACCCGUUUCGGAAGUGCUGUCACUAUAUCCUGACGCUGAAGUAUUUUGAGUUCAGCAUCCUGUCUGUCAUCGCAAUGAGCAGCAUCGCCCUCGCUGCAGAGGACCCUGUCUGGCCUGAGUCCCCACGAAACAAUGUGCUGCGUUAUUUUGACUACGUUUUCACAGGCGUCUUCACAUUUGAAAUGUUGAUCAAGAUGGUGGUGCUCGGCCUGUUUCUCCACCAGGGCUCCUACUUUCGCGACUUGUGGAACAUUCUGGACUUUAUAGUGGUUAGUGGUGCUCUGGUGGCCUUCGCCUUCACGCCGACUAGCACCCGGGGCAGCAGCAAGGGCAAAGACAUCAGUACGAUCAAGUCCCUUCGUGUGUUGAGGGUGCUGCGUCCUCUGAAGACCAUCAAACGACUCCCCAAGCUGAAGGCUGUGUUUGACUGUGUGGUCAACUCUCUGAAGAAUGUGCUGAACAUCUUGAUUGUGUACAUGCUCUUCAUGUUCAUCUUCGCUGUGGUGGCCGUGCAGCUCUUUAAAGGCCGAUUCUUCUUCUGCACGGACGAAUCCAAAGAGUUUGAGCGUGACUGCAGGGGCGAGUACUUGGUGUAUGAUAGAGAUGAGGUUAAAGCUCAGAAGCGGGAGUGGAAGAAGUACGAUUUCCACUACGACAACGUGGCUUGGGCCCUCCUCACCCUCUUCACUGUCUCCACUGGAGAGGGGUGGCCGCAGGUGUUAAAGCACUCGGUGGACUCCACCUAUGAGAAUCAGGGCCCUAGCCCGGGUUAUAGGAUGGAAAUGUCCAUCUUUUACGUGGUGUACUUCGUUGUCUUCCCCUUCUUCUUCGUAAACAUCUUUGUGGCUCUCAUCAUCAUCACCUUCCAGGAACAGGGGGAUAAGAUGAUGGAGGACUACAGUUUAGAAAAGAACGAGAGAGCCUGUAUAGAUUUCGCCAUCAAUGCCAGGCCUUUGACUCGCCACAUGCCCAAGAAUAAACUGAGCUUCCAGUAUCGCAUGUGGCAGUUUGUGGUGUCUCCGCCCUUCGAGUACAGCAUCAUGGCUCUGAUUGCGCUCAACACCAUUGUCCUCAUGAUGAAGUUUGACGGUGCAUCAGAAACAUACGAUGAGGUCCUGAAGAACCUCAACAUCGUGUUUACCACCUUCUUCUUCAUGGAAUCAGUCCUCAAGGUCAUCGCUUUCGGCCCUCUGAAUUUCUUCAGAGAUGCCUGGAACAUUUUUGACUUUGUCUCCGUCCUUGGAAGCAUCACUGACAUAUUAGUGACAGAACUAGGGAAUCUGAAUAACUUCAUCAACCUGAGCUUCCUGAGGCUGUUCAGAGCAGCUCGACUCAUCAAGCUGCUGAGACAGGGAGAGACCAUCCGCAUCCUGCUGUGGACCUUCGUCCAGUCCUUUAAGGCUCUGCCAUACGUGUGCCUGCUCAUUGCCAUGCUCUUUUUCAUCUAUGCCAUCAUCGGCAUGCAGUUGUUUGGGAAUUUGGCGCUAGAUGACGAGAGAGAGAGUGCCAUCAACGAACACAAUAACUUCAGGACCUUCAUCAUGGCUCUAAUGCUGCUGUUCAGGAGCGCUACGGGCGAAGCCUGGCAUGACAUCAUGUUGGCUUGCCUGGGUGGGAAGGAAUGCGACCCGGCCUCAGGGAACACAGAACCUGAAUGUGGCAGCACCUUUGCCUACACCUACUUUGUCUCCUUCAUCUUCCUCUGCUCCUUCCUGAUGCUGAAUCUGUUCGUGGCUGUCAUCAUGGACAACUUUGAGUACCUAACCAGAGACUCCUCUAUCCUGGGGCCGCAUCACCUGGACGAGUAUGUAAGGAUAUGGGCCGAGUACGACCCUGCAGCCUGCGGGCGCAUACAUUAUAAGGAUAUGUACAGUUUAUUGCGAGUUAUCUCCCCUCCUCUGGGCCUUGGCAAGAAAUGCCCACAUAGGGUGGCCUGCAAGAGGUUGCUGCGCAUGGACCUGCCGGUUGCUGAUGACAACACAGUGCAUUUUAACUCCACCCUCAUGGCUCUGAUCAGGACAGCACUGGAUAUAAAGAUUGCUAAGGGCGGUGCAGACAAGCACCAGAUGGAUGCAGAGCUGAGAAAGGAGAUGAUGGCUAUUUGGCCGAACUUGUCGCAGAAGACACUGGACCUGCUGGUUACGCCGCAUAAGGCAGCCACAGACUUGACGGUGGGCAAAAUCUACGCUGCCAUGAUGAUCAUGGAAUACUACCGGCAGAGCAAGAUGAAAAAGCUGCAGGCCCUGCGAGAGGAACAGAACCGAACACCAUUAAUGUUUCAGCGCAUGGAGCCACCCUCUGAGGGAGGGGGCACAGACGGCCAGGGGGGUCAAGGCCUCAACUGUCUCCCCAGCACCCAGCCAGAUAACCCAAACACCAUACCUCCUGAGGGUGGCAUGACUGAGAGCCAAUCGUGGGUGACGGCCAAAGCCCAGGAAAUGUUCCAAAAGACGGGUAACUGGAGCCCCGACAGACCCUACCCCGACAAUCCUCACGACAACCGUCACAACCCCCAGACGGUAGAGAUGAGGGAGAUGGGGCGGGACGGGUACUCCGACACUGAGCCCUAUCACCCAAUGGAUGGGCAUGGGCGGACCCUCUCCAUGCCCCGCCUCUCGGCAGACAACCAAAGAGCUCAUGCUGUUUCGCGGAGGAGACACAGGCCUCGUGGAAAUAACCUCAGUACCAUCACCGACACCAGUCCGAUGUGUCGCUCCACCUCCAGCCUGGUCCACGGGCGUACGGGCCGGGGCGUGAGACUGGACGAUUACUCCCUGGAGAGGGUGGUGUCUGAAGAGGGGAGACACGGAGGAGGACGCAGACACAGGGACAGGAGUCACGGGGCUUCACAGCGCUCCCUGACCAGAUACACUGACGCUGACACGGGUCUGGGCACAGACCUCAGCACGACCACGCAGUCGGGCGACUUUCCACCCAAGGAGCGCGAGCGGGACCGCGGCCGGACCAAGGACCGUCGUCACCACCAUCACCACCAUCACCAUCACAGCUCGAUGGACAAGGAGCGCUACGGCCCUGACAGACACGAUUACUCCCACAGGCACCCCCACGACCGCCACUGGUCCCGCUCACCCAGCGAUGGGCCUGACGGACGUGGACACAGACAGGGCAGUAGUUCGGUGAGCGGCAGCCCGGUCCCCUCCACCUCGGGGACCAGCACUCCGCGGAGAGGCCGUCGCCAGCUACCCCAGACCCCUGCUGUACCCCGACCACAUGUCACCUACUCCCCUACUGUCCGCAAGCCCAGCUACGGCCCCCCAGGGCCGGGCCGUCUGCGCUCGCCCUCCCCCAGACACUUCUCCCCACCAGACCACGAAAGAGGCUACCACCAUCGACCCCCUUCACGCCAGGUUUCUCCCCACCACGGGACCUCCUCACCGCGGCACGGUUCACCGCGCUCCCCUAGGCACCAGUCCCCACGCUCGCCCCUCCACGGCUCGCCCAGGUCCCCUCACCGAGGCCGAUGGAGCGGGCCUCCGCCUGGGGACAGCCUGGAGGGCGACGGACCCUUCUACGAGCGUGACUAUGAGUAUGAACGGCACCAUGAGCCCCCUGCCUAUGAGCAAAGCCUCUCCCAUGGCAACCCUCACCCACAUGGGGGAAAUCCUCACCCACGCUCACCUAGGACUGCCCGCCACGGGCCCCCUCCGCCCCCUCAUCCGCAUCCACGUAGGGUUCCCAAUGGCUACCGCUCAUCCUCACCUUCCCCACAUCAGCGGGGGCCCCCUGGGGCACCCCCCCAUCCACACCACCGGCCCCCCCAUGCCCGAGGGCCCCGCAAGGGCCUGCAUGAACCUUAUAGUGAGACGGACGAGGAUGACUGGUGCUAGCAACCACAGGAAGCGCGGGAUAAGGGCAGGAGAGGAGAAUAAUUGCAGCCUCUGGUGCUCUGGCCUUGGAUUUGUUGACUUUUUUAUAAAGCAGAGUUGGUGAAAAUGUUGAGGACGAUUGGACGUCCUCCAAACCCUCUAUCUUUACCCCUCAGACUCUAAAUGAGAGGAAAGGGCGGAGGGCAGGGGUGGUAGAGUUGCUGCAAAUAGCCUUUUACAGAUUUUGUGAGACUGAAAUCAGUGACAGAGCAGCACAUGAAUAAAAUGAAAAAGAGACAGCCAAGACCACUAUGGUAAGGCGCAGGCACAGAUUACCUCUGCCUCUCUCUGUCUCAGAACUACACUUCCCAGAAUUCUGUGCUUGGCCAGCAAGGCCAAGC